AUGGCUAUGGCAAAGUCUCUCACGAACCACUCGCAGCAUCAUCUUCCAACUCUCCCCGACCAUCUCCAACUUUCAGAUAAAGUAGCACCAUACUCUCUAUCUGUUAAGAUGCAUUACAUCCAAUACGGCAUCGGCUGUUUUCUUUCCCUGCUCCUGACCGGAGCCAAAGGGCACGAAGACAAACUCUUCACAAGAGGUCCAGCAUUCGCCGCUUAUCCCUACCCAACAUUCUUCAUUGAAUGCCCAGAAAUCGGCGCUUCAGGUUCACGCAUGGAUAUUGCACACGCAUACGAUGGUAGCGGAUACUUCCCAGAGCUGAGGUGGCCCAUCACCACGGCAGACACCCAGGAAUACGUUCUGGUGUGCGAAGACCCCGACGAACCCCUGGCCGCACCAGUUAUCCACGGGCUCUACUAUGGAAUUCCACCGGUGUUCAUCGGUCUACACCGUUCCGAUUUCGUUGAAGCAGACUCCAGGAACGAUCCUUAUCGUCUCCGCGGUGGGUUCAAAUAUGGAGCAAACAGCGGAGGAGGGGUCUAUCUGGCGCCGCAACCAGCUCGAGGCAAGGGCCCUCAUCGAUAUUUCUUUGAGCUCAUCGCGCUUAACCAUACUAUCGAUCAAAGCAAACUCAGCCCUAUGGCGACUUUCGCUGAGAUUUCCCGUCAGAUCGAAGGCAAAGUUAUCGGAUGGGGCGAGUGGUAUGGAAUUGUCGAGAGGACUUGA